GAUUUAACAAGACUGAGUUCUACUAUACACUGCUUCAUUACGCUGUUAAAGUGGCACUUUCGUGAAAGAAGUCACCUUGUACAAAUGAGUACUUGGGGUUGUGUGCUUUCAUCUAGCUGUUUUAUUACUUCCAGGACUGUCUCUGGUACCCCUGUUGAGACGUCCAUAAUGAGAUGGUGAUUUUGGACAGAGGUCUACAGCUCCUUUGUUUUAAAGGUGACACAGAUAUUAUUCCUUCCUCUGGGAAUUUGAGGAUCCUUGUGUAGAAUCUCCAGCAUCACAAAGUCUGCUAUCAAUCUGUGUCUCGAUGCUUUGAUACGAAUCCGGUCCAUAGCAGAUUAGGACUUAUAAAGAUGCCUCAGGAACAGUACACACACAGGAGCACGAUCUCCAGCAACGAGGGACCCCACGUGUACAAGGUGGGGAUUUACGGCUGGAGGAAGAGAUGCCUGUACUUCUUCGUCCUUCUCCUGAUGAUACUCAUCCUGGUGAAUCUCGCCAUGACAAUCUGGAUCCUUAAAGUCAUGAACUUUACUAUUGAUGGAAUAGGGAACUUGAGAAUCACAGAAAAGGGUUUACGGCUGGAGGGAGAUUCAGAAUUCUUGAAACCUCUGUAUGCCAAAGAAAUCCGCUCCAGGCCGGGGAACCCACUGUACCUCCAGUCAGAUCAAAAUGUGACUUUGAACAUUCUCAAUGAGGAUAUGAAGGUAGUCACUCAACUGGUGGCAGGAUCAGAGGCCAUAGAAGCAUAUGGGAAACGUCUUGAGGUGAAGUCUAAUGAAGGGAAACUCCUGUUUUCUGCUGACGACAGUGAAGUGGUGGUUGGAGCAAACAGGUUGCGAGUUCUAGGUGCAGAAGGUGCUGUGUUCCCCAAAUCCCUAGAAACACCAUAUGUCAAGGCUGAGCCCUUCCACCAUCUAAGGCUGGAGUCACCGACCCGGACCUUAGUGAUGGAAGCACCAAAGGGCAUUGAAAUUAAUGCAGAGGCUGGUAGUUUGGAAGCAUCGUGUAGAACAGAUUUACGCCUAGAGUCUAAAGAUGGAGAAAUUCUUCUACAAGCUGCGACAGUGAAGCUGCCCCAGCUUCCUCGAGGAUCCUACUCCUCAGCCAGCUCCAGACAGAAAGUAUAUGAGAUCUGCGUAUGUCCCAAUGGGAGAUUAUUCUUAUCACAAGCAGGCAGCGGAUCCACCUGCCAGAUAAAUAGCAGUGUCUGUCUUUAAAGACUGGCAAAACAGCUCCAUGGACUGGUAGCUAGGAGCAAGACUGUAAACAGACACAGAAAGCCUCAGAAACAAUAUGCGUGUGCGUGUGUGAAUAUAUACAAAUAUAUAAAUAUAUAUAUCUGUAAAUCUAUUAAUCUCCUGUUUUAGAGAUGUUUCAGUGCCAGAAGCUUUGGGUGACCAUCACUUGUCUUCCCUAUAACGCAAUUCAUUUUCAUCUUUGACUACAACAAGAGCUAUUCUAAGGCUCAGAAGAAUAAAAAAAUAACACACAAAUUCUCAACUAGCCUGAUGAAACCCAAAGAAUCACAUUUUUUAAUCACCAGUUUCCCUUAACCUUUGAUAUUCCUUUUGAUGGAUGCAUUCUGGUCCGAGCGGCUUGUCAUUCGUUAGACCUUUAGACAUGAAUUCUUUGUUCUACAAGAACUAGUAGGGUAUAUUAGCCCAGUAGUGCAGUUACAAACUAAUGGGUUUUUUUGUAGCCUCUUAUGAAACACUUUUACUGAACAAAGCAAAAACACUUUUACACGACCUUAAUCAAAAGAAAAGCGAUUCCCAAAAAGCUUGUCAUUCCAAACAGACAAAUGAAAGGUAUUACAAGAUUCUGCAGUACACAUUAUGCAAAUGCAAGUUAAAUGUGAAGGUUUAAUGGUAUAGAGUUUUAUUCCACUGGACGUUCGACAUGGAGUCAGGCUAACCUUUUACUGGACAGAUGAGUAAUAAGGCACUGGGCCAGAUGCAUAUUUAUGGGAUUAUGGUUGGGACUCAAGCACAUUUUGGGAAGCCACCUUAUUCAAGGUGUUAAUCACAAGGUCUAUGUAUUAAAUUAAAUAUUUUACGUGUAAACAAGGCACAUAUUCUGUGCUACUGGAGAAAGGCAACAGAGUUUGUCAUAUACAAUAAUAAAAAUUUUCUCUGUUUUCGGUGCUUCGCUGUAGAUCUGCACCAUGCCGCCUGUAAUAAACGCUUCCAUCACAUUCACAAGGUCACCUCGAGCAAUGUUUGUAAACUGGACUGAAACAUCUCUGAUCAAAGAGGGAGAAAUGUGCCUAUGCCUUAAGACAAUGCACUCUGCAAGCAAAAGCACAGCGGGGAAGUGUCCCAUCUAACUGUUUGCUGUUUUUUUUUCUUUGUAUGUGGAAUUCUGUAUGAUGUAUGGUGAAUGAGUCCCAGUGAAUGGAAGUAUAUUUCGAAUUACCAGAUAAAAUGUUAUUUCACAUGAUCAAUAAUGUUACUAGUUCUGUUAUGCUGCUACUUGUCACUAUGAUUUGUGGAUUUGAGAACAUAUACAGUCAUAGAGGAUCAAGGAAUCUUGGCAUGUUCUAUCACUUUAUUCAAUAUUUUAAUCAGAAAUGUCUAAUCAGUUGUAGCGUACAUAACUUCAGUAGCCAAGGAAAUCGCGAGUAUGCAUUAAAGAAGGUAAUCCGUUGAGUAUAUCUGUUGUCUGUACAAAGGUGAACAAAUAACUAGCUUGUAUGUAGAUUAAGCAUCACCACAGAGUUUCACAAUAUAUAAGUAGUGUCCGUGACAAGAAGAGCAUUGAAGAGUCACUAAUGCUUUUAAUUGAAAUUAUGUUUAUAUAAAAAAAAAAGCAACCUGCGAAAAAAGCAGAUAGAUCUUAUCAUCUGUUCGACAUUUGAUUUGAUUGAAGGUGACAAGAAAAAUGUACAAAUAGAAAAAGAAGAAGAAAAAAAACAUUGACUCAUUUGAAUAGAAAGUUGUAUUUUAAUUGGUUUAUGUGUGCCCGAAGCCAAUCAGAAUUUGGAUAGAACUCAAUUCUUGAUCAAAGUGCAAAAAACAGAUAGAUGCUUAAGAAACAGAGGUUUAACUGAUUACUGCCGCUUGUUCCAUCCACUGUAGACAUCCUGGGGAAAUAUAACUAAAAUAAGACAUCCUGGGGAAAUAUAAUUAAACAAUUUGCAUAAACUUGUAUAACUUUACACAUUUGGAAUGUGUAAUAAAUGUUUGAAACACAUAGCUAGAUAAAGGUCUUGUUCCCUAAACUGAAACAUGUGCUUUGGACAGCUUAGAUUGGAGACAAAAAAAAAAAAAAGUCACUUCGAACAUUAUAACCACUAUACCCAGCUACUGGUUAUGAUGCCUCGGGUACCCAGGUGCCAUCCCUUGAAAAGAGGGCAAACCAUUUUUCAAGGUUUGCAUCUUACCUGGACCAAGCUAGUUUAACUCUGCAGAAGCCAGAAUGCGAUCUUGUUCAUUAAAGGACCACUAUAGGCACCCAGACCACUUGAGCUCAAUGAAGUGGUCUGGGUGCCAGGUCCAUCUAGGAUUAACCCUGCAGCUGUAAACAUUGCAGUUUCAGAGAAACUGCUAUGUUUACAUUAGGGUUAAUCCAGCCUCUAGUGGCUGUCUCAUUGACAGCCGCUAGAAGCGCUUCCGCGCUUCUCACUGUGAAAAUCACAGUGAGAAGAUGCUGACGUCCAUAGGAAAGCAUUGAGAAAUGCUUUCCUAUGGAAUGAUUGAAUGCGUGCGCAUUUGGCGCUGAUGUCGGAAGAGGGAGGAGAGUCCCCAGCGCCGAGGGAGCCCGGCGCUGGAGAAAGGUAAGCGUUUAACCCCUUCCCCCCACAUUAUUGUAUUUAUAUCUCGAUUAAGCUGGUUAGAUGUUGAGUAUAGGUAUUAUGGUUGACUAACAGAAAUACACAUAUAAAAAUGCUAGAUAUUUUUUCUAUUGGAUUUCACGUGAUUCCAAAUAUUUUAAGUCCAAAAUGGUAUUAGCAAAACUAAACUGCUCACAAGUGUGCUAUAUUUUCAUUAUAUAAACAAUUGACUCAUAUUUUGUCUUAUAAUGGUUAUAUAUAUACCAACAUAGUAACCUUUUCUCCAAACCUGUACUAACAGUCAUAUUCCAUGCAUUUUGAUAGUUUUUCAUUGAGGAUUGAGAAUACACAAUUGUCCAUGGCAUUUAGUACUGGGUCCCUCAUUUUAGGGUUUUAUUUUUAAUAUCAAGAUAAUCGUUUUCCCUUAGACUAUCAAUAAGGGCUAAUUGCCAGUAUUUAUCUAGUGCAUGUUGACUUUAAGAACGUUCAGGGUGUGAUCUCUUGAUCUGAUUCAAUGAUAUACAGGGUUAGCAGUUUAGCAAAAUAAAAAAGAAAGUUUUAGAAUGUAGAUGUUACCAAAUCAUUGUCUGUAAUUAUUUGCUUGUUUGCUACCUAGCUAGAUUGGCCAUGAUCUCAGUUUGCCCCUUAACCAUUGCAUCUUCGGUAUUAAUGGAAUCAUCCACCCUACAAACUUCAAUAAGGGCUAGUUGUUGGUAUUUAUAUAGUGCAAGUACAUUUUGAAUAAUAACCAUCACAUGUGAGAUGUAUGCUAACAAUAAUUUUUUUUUUUAAGUCUGAAUGGUUUUAAAUUUUUAGGUUACAUGUUAUGCCUGACUGUCCUGGUACAGCUAGAGCAUAUAGUGUGAAUUAAUUAACUCCCCACAGUGCUGUGCGCUGAUACGAUGUUGGCACAAGCAUGUGUAUGACACUAUGGCAGAAAUUUCUGCAUGUAUGUGCUCAAAUAGCAUUUUUCAGGAGAUAGUAAGUCAUUCCAGCAUCAAUAGGACAGCAGGCCCAGACUGCCAUUGGACAUGCCAAGUGCCAAGUGACAUGACAAGGGAUCAAAAGAUCUCCUCAGCUGAGCCAUGCAGGGACAAUGCUACCAGGGUGCCAGGCCAAAGAGGCCAUGGUAAUAUCCCACUAGCUGUGGGGAAUUCUUGAUCAACCUAAUUCUAGGGUCCUUGGGAGUAUGUGACCUGCACCACUGGUGAGUGCAGACAGCUUGUAUCCCUAUAGCUCCAACCACUUGGGGUGUUGCUGAUGGAUUACCAUGGCACGCAUCUUGCACAUGCUACUUAGGACUCUGUUGGAAGUUAAUGCCUUUCUUCACACAAAUAUACUUUAUGACAAGCAACCCCUACACAUAAAUUACACUAUAAACAGCCUCUAACCACAAAUACACUACAAACAACCACUUUCAACAGAAACACAUAACACAGAAAAAAAACCUAUCCUCAAACAAACAGUACACCACAAACAGUCAACACAAUGUACUGCCUAUAGUUUCUAUCAACACACACACACAGUAUACCGCAAACUCUAAUCCACACACACCAUCUAUCACAAGCAGCUCUUAUCCAUACACAUUGUAACACGCCAUACACACCUAACACACAAAACACCUCUGCACACAUUCAAUACCGUAAGCAGCCUUCCCACACAAUGCCCUACUUUGUCAGUUAUGGGAACACUGAAGACAAGUCAUCCGUAAUUACAAAGCAAGAAUAUAAUUAAAUGUGAUUGUGCAGUGGCA